AGUGUAAUUGUUAUUCUUUCCGGCCAAUCACGUCGCUGUACUUCUUCUAUCUGCUUCCUUGGUGAGUUUGUAUCGCGUUGUUCUCAGAGAGUGGAUGUUUACACCGGACCGACCAUGAGGAUGUGGGCUGCGGUGCUGGUGCUCGGACUCGCGGUGAGCUCGUGCCAGGCAGAGUUCGGCCCACCCACCCUGAACAUCAGCCUGGACGAUGUUCCGGAGGAGAGGUGGGCGACCCUCACCAAAGUCUUUGACGCGGAUUUUCUACAGAAAGCCGCCGCAGAGGUCAUUGAGUAAGUUUUUAAAGGCUCAUAUUUCGCGUGUGGUGUGUGUCUAUUGUGAAUGAUACAAAGUGAAGAAGUGUUUGGCUGAAUCUCAAAAGAGUGACUUAUCUCAAUGUUAUGCUGAAAUAUUGAAGUCGCAAAAGUUAACCAUAGUUUAAUGCUUAACAAUCACAUUGUGUGUAGGAGUUUGAGCAUUCAUUGUUGUUAUCAUUGGUGGAAUUCAGUGUUAAGCAUGAACACUAACUUGUUUCAUGUUUUCUCUUUCACAGCUCCACUGUUCCAAAAUGGGUACACCAUGCAGUCAAACCUGUUGUGAUGGCUCUGGAAAAGUACAUCCCACAGCCUUACGCAGGGGAGAUCCGUGGCCUCGCAGCACAUUUUGGAGGAAGCCUUUCAGAUGUCAUUAUUCUCAACUUUGCCUAUGAGGUUUCUGCGUAUGUACCAUUUUUAAUGAAGUCAAACAUUCAUCCUGACUUUUAAAUGAUGCAGAGGCCCACUGUGUCAAGGAGGAUUAAAGUUGAAGUAAAUUCACUUUUUUUUGUGUGCAUUUUCUAGAUUUUGCACCAGUGUCAUAGCUCAGGACAAGAAAGGGAACGUGUACCAUGGCAGGAACCUUGAAUAUCCACAUCCAGUUUUGAGGAAUCUGACUGUCAACGUAGUUUUCCUCAAGAAUGGAACGGUAAAAUUUGUUUUUAAAGCAUUUGGAAAACUAAAUAAGGUGUGUGCAGUUUGAAACCACACAUCAUAAAAUAAAUAAAUGAUGGUGCUGACUCUAAGUUAAGUCACAGCUGAUACUGCAUAUUGACAGUGUGGCUUACGUAUUAAUUAUUAUGCUUGCUGAAACCCCAUUUCAGGAGGCCUUCCGUGGAACUUCUUUUGCCGGCUACAUCGGCCUCUGGACGGGCCAGAGUCCAAACAAGUUCACUGUUUCUGGUGACCAGCGAGGUAGAACACAAUCUAAUCUCAGGACUUCUCACUGAGCAAUAGAUGGCAAUAAGACGUCAAGUUUUUUUUUUUUGACCAAAUUUCAACCGUCUAGGUUCUAUAUAUUUUUAGACGGAAUUUAGACGUUGCACCUUAACUCAUUAUUCGAUAACUAUUUAUUUCAAAAAGCAACUGUGAGUUGCAUAACUGAUUUCCAAGUACUUAACCAAAAUAAUCAUGAUAGCCGUUGAGCAAUUUACAGUUAGACCUCUGUUAGCUGGCUAGUCGAAACUUGGUCUAAAUCUAGACGUCUAAAAAAACUUUAAUUUAGACCUGUGGGAGCGUGAUUUCGGACCAGUCAUCGAGGUUACAUUUAGACGUCUAUUAGACCUCUUUUAGACCAAAAAACGCUCAGUGGGUUUGUUUGGAAAAAAUGUUGAAAUAGUUAGAUUUAAAGUAUUCUUAUGGUUUAUGUUUGUGUGGGAUCAUCAGGCAGUGAACACUGGUGGAACUGGUGGAAGAAUGUGGUGUCUGCGUUCAUCUUUCGGAGAUCCCCAGUCAGCUGGCUUGUGAGGGAGGUGAGUUACAUUAGAGAAGUUAGACAUAUGACGUUGCUAGCUGAAUGAGGAAAUGAAACCUUGAGUAACUAAGUGUGAUCUAUGCAGACGCUAGAGAAGGCAGAGAAUUUUCAGGAUGCAGUCAUGCGUCUUUCAAAAAUCCCCAUCAUCACUGGGGUGUAUUACAUUGUGGGUGGAGUGCAAGCUGGGGAAGGGGCUGUCAUUACCAGAGACCGAACUGGCCCUGCUGAUAUCUGGCCACUGGAUCCUGUUAAUGGAGAGUAAGAGGCAAAUUACAGCAUUAGAGAAAAAUCUGGUCAAUCAAGGAUUGCACUGCACAGCUUAAAUCGCGCAUAAAAUUGUGACCUUCCUCUUAAAGAUGGUACAGAGUGGAGACCAACUAUGACCACUGGCGUCCUUCUCCUUCCAGAGAUCAUCGAAGGUGCGUUAUCUCACAUAAUGGAUCCUUUUGCCAUUUAACAGUUGUGACAGUUUAAAGACUGUUUUGUUUGUAUUUCACAGAGAAGUGGCAAACAAAGCACUAAAUGCUACUGGCCAAAACAACAUCAACAUGGAGACACUUUUUAAGGCAAGUGCUGAUAAAUAAAUCAAUGUUUUUGAUGGCUGGUGUAGUCUCAGUAAGAAAUGAAAAUAUUAAUAACAUUUGUUUCAUUCAGAGACAAUGUGAACAUUUCUAACAAUUUAUUCCCCCUAUCACAGGUCUUAUCACUGUCUCCAGUGUGUAACGGGUAAGCAGAACAUUGUUUGUCCAUUUCAUUCUUAUUUGCUGUUACAAGGAAUCACAUGACUAUUCAGGAUGUAGAAACAAGGUAGUUGUGUGCAUACCAGCCCUACUCUGUUAGCACCACCUCAGCAAUAACGUCAAUAGCCCAUUGUCUAAUGUUUUACCCUUAGCACAAAGUGUUUAAUGUAUAGAGGAGCAUUGGCAGAGUUUCAGUCAAAAUAUUGUUGAAAUAUUUAUAAUACAAUUUAACAAGCUGAUCAUUUACAUGAAUGUCAUUUUGCCUCUGAUGAACUGUUUAACACCUUUCUUUAAAUAACAUGGCUGUGUUGACGACAUAUGCAUUGAGAGUGACCUCUGCUGUGUUGAUAAUCUCCCAGAAUAACAGUUUACACCACAACUAUGAGUGCAGCCACCCCAGACAAGUACAGCACAUUUGUCAGGCCACCGGUAACUAUAUUUCAUCUUAGAAUGUUACAUUUAUUCUUGAGCUACUUAUAUUUCAUUCAUUUUAUCCUCAAACUAAUACAACUACUAUCUCACUCUUCCUUUUUUUUCUCUCUCUCUCUGAAGAGCUGCAGACAUAACUGAGAUGAGGCUGUCAACAACUCAGAGACCAAUGACAAACUACUGGAAAUUAACAAGCUACCUUUGUCGCAGUUUUGCAUCAACCCUCAACAUUAAUUAACACAUUAAUGCAAACUGUUCUCAGAAGUGAUUAAUUUUCUACUUUUACCUCAACUUUCUUUUAUUUAACUUUUUGCAACAAAAUAGGCAUGGAAUGUGGAAGAACCUGUUGAAUUUUACAAACCUUAACUUUGCACAUCAUGCAGGACUGAGGUUCAUAAAUAGUAACCAAUGAAUAUGGGGGAGGGGCAGAAGCACAGAUAAACAUGCUUUUUUACUUAUAAUAAAAGAAGACAAGUUCUAAUCAUGCUGUUUUACCUCUAAUAAAGAGAAAAAAUUUCUUAUCAAAUCCCAAACUCUAAAAA